CGUUCUUCAUCGUCUUCGUUUUUCAGAGCUAACAAUCGCCAAGGCUUUACGAUUAUGAGGCAGCUCGACUUCAGCAGUCUCCAGACCACCGCGCCGUUGCUCGGCGAUAGCAGCGGGUUUUCUGGUGGGUUUCCCGGUGACUUUUCAGCUGCGCCGUCGUUUGAGGUCCCUGUUACUGAUGAUUUUGAUGGAUUUCAGAAAGAAGCUAGAGAUAUGGUGAAGUCGAAGAAGGGGACUACCACUCUUGCCUUUAUUUUCAAGGACGGGGUUAUGGUGGCGGCGGAUUCUCGAGCUAGCAUGGGAGGAUAUAUAUCGUCUCAGUCUGUGAAGAAGAUUAUCGAAAUCAAUCCUUACAUGCUUGGAACUAUGGCUGGAGGAGCUGCUGACUGCCAGUUUUGGCAUAGGAAUUUGGGGAUUAAGUGCAGACUUCAUGAAUUGGCAAACAAGCGCAGAAUUUCGGUUACAGGUGCGUCCAAGCUCCUGGCCAACAUUCUGUACUCUUACCGUGGCAUGGGUCUGUCUGUUGGAACAAUGAUAGCUGGUUGGGAUGAAACGGGUCCUGGACUUUACUAUGUGGACAGCGAGGGAGGAAGGUUGAAAGGCAUGCGGUUUUCAGUUGGAUCUGGUUCACCAUAUGCUUAUGGUGUCCUGGAUAACGGGUACCGCUAUGAUAUGUCAGUUGAAGAAGCUUCUGAGCUUGCCAGGAGAGCCAUAUAUCAUGCAACAUUCCGUGAUGGAGCUAGUGGUGGAGUUGCCAGCGUUUACCAUGUCGGUCCAAAUGGGUGGAAAAAGCUAUCUGGAGAUGAUGUCGGGGAACUUCACUACGAAUACUAUCCUGUAACCCCUGAGACCGUGGAACAAGAAAUGGUGGAAGUAGGUGCAGCCUAAGAGGACUAGCUAAUGGAAGAGGCAGGCAAAGUGCGAUUUGAAGAAAGCAAGGCAUAUGCAUUGGGGUGCUAUUUUUCUUUUUAUUCAACUGAAUUAGCAUGAUGCUGAUGUUAUUAGAUUGGUCAUGUCUUGUAAUACUGCAUCCUGUUUUCUUGUCAUAAAUAUUACAUUCCGUUUCUGUACUCUUGCUUGGAACCGCUAUGUUCACUUGUGGAUGGUCUUAUAGGCAUUUAAAACGUUUCCCCAAAUUCGGUUUUGAUGUGAAGUCUAUCCCUAUCAAAUUUCUUAU